UAUUCUCACACACACACACACACACACACUGUGUUUGCAGUCCAGUCACAGUCCAGGGAGACACUUUGAGCUGUGUGUGCGCUUUGAUUACAGCCUCAGACUUUCCCGUCUGACUAUGAGACUAAACUGCCACCAAUGACGGACCACAACACGACGCGUCACCGGGGAAUUUUCGCUGCUCGUCCACACCUUCGUCAAAGGUCAUUGACCUCUGAGAGAGGACCGAUCCAGUUUGACUUCUGCCCGCCAAUGACACUGGACUGCAUGCAUCGGAUGAGCGCUUUCGUCAAGUGAGGAGAUGGCCAUGGUGUACAAGCUCUAUGUAGGAAUAAUAAUCACGGCUCUGGCCCUAUGCAAAUACUGCCUCGCAGAAGGGAACGCCACCGAGGGGGCAGCCAAUCGAACUGUAAACCACUGUCAUCACCAUGACAACGGAGAUAAUUGCACAGACACAACGGAUACAGGGCCGUGGAACGGCCACUUCUCGGAAUGUCCCGAGGAACUAGCGCACUACUGCGUCCACGGGGAGUGUCGUUACGUUAAAGAACAGAAGGCGCCGUCUUGCAGGUGUCAGCACGGUUACAUUGGCUCCAGGUGUGAAUAUGUGGAUUUGGACUGGCGGAGAGGAGAGAAACGACAAAUCAUCAUCGCAUGCGUCAUUGCGGUGCUCGUUAUCCUCAUUCUUCUCAUCAUAUUCAUCGGCAUCUGCUCACAGCGUAGCUACAGACUGUGUCGGCGGAGGGGGCGGCGGAGGGAGGAACCGAGGAACGGGUCUGAGAAGCUCAGCAUGAUGGAUACCGGCGCGAUGCACACAAUCCUCACACCAGAUUCAAUAGAGCCUCCUCAACCAAACGCGGUAUGAGGAGUGUGUAUGACUCAAGGAGGAGUCUGGGAAUAGUUCUGUCCUUCAUGUGACAGCUGCUGCCUUUUGUCUCACAGUGACGGCAGUGUUGCUUUAGGAGGUGCCUCUCUGUGCUGGACAGGAUGGAGGCCCGCUCGACGGAGGGACAUCUGUGGAUAUAGUUUGCUGUGUUACAUCAAGCGGGAUCACGUUGGUGCCCACUUCCCUUAAAGGGCAGCCUUUCUUGGAAAUGUCCGGACAAAGAUGAUGCCUUCUUGGAUUUAUGACAAACAAGAAGUUGGAGAUUCCCGCCGGGCCCAGCCGUGUGGUGGCAAGGACGCUUUUUUCCUUCCCCCCAAUACUGUGGAGCCGCAGGCGCUUGAUGCCUCUCGCUGCUGACGGCACAGCUCUAAACACGUUGUUGCUAUUUUGGAAAAGAAGUUGUGACACCAGCUGACAGCCAGUGAUAACAAUAGAUGAGGUUAUUGGCCCGUGUUGGAGACACAGAAAAAUGAGGUGAAAGGGACCGAUGAAGACACUUUGCUCCAUGUUCUCUGUCGUCUAGGGGAACUGCUGUCGAGUUAAUAAAUCAUCGAAUGUAUAGAAGUACCAGCAGCCACUGUACAGCACACUGUAGUUUUGUGUCAUAUAAUUCCUAUUUUAUUUACUGCUGCUUUUUGCUUUAGUGUCACCUCACGAAUGCACGGUAUUUAUACUUCAAAAACCUUAAUCACACGCAGUCAGCGGCUAUGCCCACUUAUUCCUCCACUCGUUGAUACCUGUCGACAUCAGCAAUGCAAGAGAGGCGGAAAGGUUGCAGCCCUGGAUCGGCCGGGGAGCCUGAGGACAAGGAGAACUUGUGCUGGAGGCCUUUUUUUUCUCUUUUUGAUCUGUAUAUUUGGAGCCGGGCUGCCUCCGAGCUGCAGAGGCAAGAACAGCUGAGCCUGUGUGUGGAGGCUCGACGGAGGUGAAAGUGCUCCACUGUACGAGACCAGUUUCCAAACUGCCAGCCUUUCACUGGCAAUGUGUGUCUGAAUCUGUGCAUUAAUGCUGAAGGCUAAAUGUAGAAUUGGGACAUUUUAGGAGGUAGCCGGUGAAGUCCGCCCCUGAUGUUCAUGUAAAUAAAGUCUGUUGUCUGUUUGCCGUUUACAUUUUUUUUUUUUUUUAAAGAUCAACUGUGAAUGAUACAGCUAA